CACUGAACGUCAUUCGCAGCACAAACGUCGAGCCGACUGGAGGUCUACUACUUAGAGUCCAGUCCGCAAGGAUCAGCGUUAUCAGUUUGUUGUUAAGUUUGCUUAGUUCCCGUUCUACGUUCUCCGUUCUACGUUCUACGUUCCCCGUUCUACGUUCCACGUUCAAAGUUUUCUGUUGCCCAAGUUCAAGUUUUUAGUUUAAAAACCCCAUCGAUGCCAUGGCCCAGAUACAGACACAGACACCGACGCCGCCACCAACCCACUCGGAAACCGAAAAGCUCAGCCACCCGCACAGCAUUGGCAUCCAGCUGCAGCACAAGGGGAUGCCCCAUGGCCUGGGCUUGCUGACCACGGUGGCCUCGCUGCCUCCCAAGUACCGCAGCCGUUACCUGAACCUGAAAACCAGGUGUGAAACACCGCUGGACCUAACGCUGAAGCUGCCCUCCCCACUGCCCACCAGCGAUGUGCCCAUGGCGGCCACAUUCACGGAGGUCUACAGCGAAAAUGUGGGAGGCGUUGCCGAGGUGGCUGUUCCAGUUGCAGCGGCUCCGAAAGCGGAGGAGCAGCAGGUGAAACCCCCAACGCCGCCGCAGAGUCCGGCAGGGAAGCGCAAAUUGAGUCGGGAAAGCUGCGACGAGGAUGGACAGCGGGCUAAAAUGUCCAAAAAGGAGGAGGAGCACUUGGAUACAAUCGAAGCCACACCAGCGAAACCCAUUAAAGUGACGGAAUCGGCGCCCAAAACCAGCAAGGCCUCCACUUCCUCGGGGAAGCCAUCUCGCAAUAAGGCCACCCGGAAGCUGAAGUUCGAUGAAGAGACCAGUUCGCCUGUGUCGGGAACGAUUAUCCGACCGUUGGAGGACAUCACCGAUGGCUCGAUGCAGUACAGCAAUGGUGACAUAGACCCCAAGUACAAUAUAGUCGAGAUCACAGAGGAAACCAAGGCGGAACUAGCUGCCAUCAAGAAUGUGAUUGGGGAUUAUGUGUGCCGUUUGUGCAAGAUCAAGUUCGAGGAUGCCUUUGGCUUGGCCCGGCACAGGUGCGCCUGCAUCGUCCUGCUGGAAUACCGGUGCCCCGAGUGCGGCAAGCAGUUCAACUGCCCUGCCAACUUGGCCUCCCAUCGCAGGUGGCACAAGCCCAGAAAGGAGGCGGCCAAGAAGGAGAACCGCAAUACCAUCAACCAACAGCAGCAACAGCAGCCGCAGCCACAAGUGGAGAAGAGAUCAGUGGAGGAGCUGCUAUUCGAUUGCCUGGAGUGUGGGAAGAAGUUCAAGAGGGCUGCCUACCUGCGGAAACAUCAACUGACGCAUCAGAAAAAGGAAAAGCCGUCGGGAAAAGCUGUGGAAUUGAAGGCUUCUGCUACCACAACCAUAACCGGAAGUUUCCACUUCAAUCAGGCUGGAUCCUCGAGUGCUUCGACUUCCUCCUCGGCCAGCAGUUCCCACUCCGAUGAGGGUGUUUACGUGGUGGGGGCCAAUGCCAGGAGUAACUGCGACUACGACAACGACUACCUCUCGGACUCCAGCUCCUCCGCUUCCUCAGCGGGCUAUGGCCGCCUGCAAAUCGUGGAACAUGGUCUUACGGAGGAGGAAAGUAUUGCUGCGGCGGCUCUGACUAACUUGAGGAACUGCGCCUCCGUCAUCCAACACACCACCAUGGCCCAUUGAAAUCGAGUGAGAUUAAGUUUUAAUGUUAAGUUUAGUUACUAGUUGAAAGCCCCAACUCAUGCAGCUGAAGCAGACCAAAGAACUAGUUUUAUUCACCGGAAAUUUCAGUUUCCCUUUCGAACCCUAAGUUAGCUCUUAGUUUAGCUCUUAAUUCGAUUUACUUUCGUUCGCAAGAUGAGUUCAAUUCUAGUCAGACUCUAAUUUGUAUCCAUACUUCGGCCCCCAUUCCAAAGGCUCCUUAGUUCUAGUCAGUGAAACCAAAGCAUCUUGGCACUAGUCAGCUUCAAUGCGAUCUCGAAACUAAUUUACUAGUCUUUAGUUUUAGCUUAGGUUAUUUGUUGGGAGUGCAAUGAACUUAACAUGAAAGCCAAAGAAAUACUUUUUACUAACCAAAUCAUUCAGUCAAGCAUCAUCCCGAAUACCUUUCUACUAACACUUUUCUUCUUACUAACCAUUUUCCCUGUCUAACACCACUCAUUCGUCUCUCAUCUUUCCUGUUCUCAAAUCAUCUGCAAGCUUCCCAAACUUCCUACUUUCAUAAUUAAUUCUUCAUGACUCAUUCUCAUCCUCAUCUUUCAGAUCAUCUCUGCCCUUUCCCAUCAUAUACCUGAAUUCCUACAUCAAUCUUCAUCUUUUCCCCAAGUCAUCCUCCUGAUAAUCCCAACCCUUUCUCCACAUUCUGCGUGUCAUUCUAGUCACAAGUUCUUGCAUUCCUUCUAGUCACUCUAGGUAAACACCUUAUAUAAGUCAGCUUCAUUUCGGUCUUACUAAGUUUGUACAAACAUAUAUCAUUCUUCAAUUUCGGAUACAGCUUUAGUCACAUUCAGGUUAUAUACCGAAACCAAAUUCAGGCAAAAUUGUGCAGUAAUAGUUCUUAAGUUCGAACCAAACCAAAAAGCAAAACCAAACCCUAGUUUAAACGAAAAUCCAAACCCAGUGUUGGUGAACCAAAGUCGAGUGUGAGCUCUAGUCAUGUUAGCCACCUAAGAUGGGGAAUCGAUCAGUUCUCAGUUUAGUUUACGAGUUAGUUAGUUUAGUUAGGCAUAGAAACGGACAUUGGACCAGCGUCUCACUACCAGUCAAAGUAUUUAACAGUACAACCUAGCUAUAAUGGCCCCAGGCUCCAGAACCGGCGGUUGUGUACUUAAAGCAAUAACGUAAUCAAGACCCAAAUCGGGGCAUUAUCACAGCGCUAUUGUUCCUUAGCAUCUGUAUUUGUAUUUGUAAAUUGGUUGUAACCGCAGAGUACAACGAAAAGGGAAACUUUCGCUCAAUCUAGGAAUUAAUUCACCAUAAGCUAUAUAAGCUAUAUCAUACGUAACCAUAUCGGUUGACACUUUGUGAUACUAUAUACUAAGCUUAGGGUUAUAACAAGAGAAUCGUUGUGCUCGAUCGUGCAUUAACAAUAAGCUAAAGGAAGACAGAUCUUUGUACCAAAUAUUUUUAUACGUAAUUUACACGGCUAUUUUUACAGCUACAAAAAGAAAACUUUAGCCAUAAACAUAUUUUUCUAACAAUCGAAUAUUUUUAUACAAAACAUAACCCUGGA